CCGUCUUAUGGCCGCAAGUUCAUGACUGGCUAUCUGUCUUCAAUUGGAGUCUGUGCAGGAGAAUGUCGAGUUGGGAAAAUCCUGAGAGAGAUUCAUCAGCCAUACCACGAAUUCCGACGCCAGGGUGCUCGUAAUCUAAAUCCCAUCCCGUAUAAUGCUGAAUAUAUGGGCCAUAAAAUUCACCUGGACCAAAACGAGAAGCUUGUGAUGUUUGGAGUGACGCAUGUCGUGGCAGUUGAUGGCUACAGCAGCAAAAUUGUUGCCAAUGCCACCAUGCCAGUGAAAAACAACCUUGUGAUUUAUGAGGAAGUUUACAGAUCUGCAGUGGUUAACCAUGGGAUGUGGGACCAAGUCAGGGUUGACCAUGGCAAGGAGUUUUAUAUGUGCUUGUACAUGCAAGAGAUGCUGUCAAGACAUAGAUACAACCCUAGCAGGCCACCAUACCUUCAAACAACAUCAAAAAGGAAUCUUCGAGUGGAAAGGAUUUGGCCCGAGGUGAACAAUCGCGUGAACUACCCACUGAAACACGCCCUGGUACACAUGCUGGACCAAGAAGUCCUCAACAUGGAGGACAAUUUGACUAAAUUCUGCAUUUCAAACCUGACAUGUCAGUUAAGUCAAAUUGGACUAGGCAGAGUGGUGCAAUCGUGGAAUGCACACAGGAUCCCAGGCCGUGGGAUACCCAAUGAACUCGCAGCAGGUGGCUGUCCAGCUAAAAUCUCUGAAGAGCUGUUGCCCAAUGCCUCUGUUGUGGCAAACAUGUAUGAGCAAGAUUUUGGAUCCUCGCUGACUUGGGAGUCAGUAUUUGGAACUGACCCAUUUUCAUCUGAGGAGGAUAGAUGUCAUGCAGAACAAGACUUUGCAGAUACCUACCCUGACAUCUCUCUUCUUUUUAAUCAUGUGGUAAACAAUGACUAUACACCUUUCCAAGAUGCCUUGUUGCACUUAAUAAAUGUCACCCAAAGAUAUGUCUGAAAAAAGUAACUGGAAUGCUGUGGUAUUGAGUAGCUAGGACAUCAGACUUUGUUAGUGCUGAUUCAAAGUUUGUCCACCAUUUAUGCUAUUAUAGUUUUGAUAUAAAAUCACUGUUGAAUAGACUAUUGAUCGGUCUCAGUGUGUUUUGUUCUUUACUUCAUCAAACUGUAUUCAGUCUGCAUACAGCUUCUAUUGAUACCCUCUUAAUUGUUGCAUUUUUUACUGUAUG